UGGAGCCAAUGGGAUAGCAAAGUGAACUGAUGUGCUUAUCAUGACACCUGAUAAAAAUUUUAAAUGACUGGGUAUUAACAGAGAGGUACAUAAAUCAUUACAAGUAGUUUAUUUACUUGGCACAAUCCUAUCAGCCUAUAAAUUGGAUACAGUUUGUUUUCAGGCUGGAAUGGCGUUAAAAUUCAUUCAAAGUUGCUCAAAACUGCUGGAAAUCACCAGAAUCUCUGGAGUUUCCUUAACGAAUCAUUAUAGUGGUAAAGUACAAAUAAAACUCUUCCCAAGGAAACCAACAACAAAAGAAGAUAUUCAUAAUUUCCAAGAGAACAAAGCUACUGUGGUGGAAACUUUAGAAAAUUUAUUAAAUAUUCGUAAAUUUACUGCAGUUGACUUGAUAACACAGCAGAGAAAACUAUAUCAAGUCACUGCCCACAUAUUAACAAGAAAUCACAAAAUUUUACAAACACAUGGCAUCAAAAAUGCAACAAUUAUCAAACAUCCUGAUAUUCUUGCUGCUCAACCCCCAGCCUUAUUACAAGAAAAUCUCAAUCUCAUUAAAGAUCUACCAUUUGAACUUGAUGAUGUAGUUUAUUUGGCUGCUCUUGAUCAUUUUCAACUUAGGCAUUUGUUGAUGAAGCAGAAUUUUCUGCCUAAAGUUGAUGUCUUAAUUAGGAAGUUAGAGGCUACUAUUGAUGAAAUAAUGGUUGCAUUUGUAAAACGUCCGUUUUUGUGUAAAAUGUCGUUGGCCAAGACUGAAGAAAACAUUAAUUUGUUAAAAGCAAACCAAGUCAGCAAUGCUGAUAUUAUCAAAGAUUGGUGGGUGCUUCAAUAUUCCCCAAAAUUAAUCAGCGAACGAAUGUCUAUUGCGAAGAAAAACAAUCUCGAUCCAAUUAAAACAUGGAUGGUACGAUGUACACCAGAUAUUUUAGAAAGAUAUAUACAGCGUCGUAGUGACAAUAAACUAGUGCUAGGCGAUAAUACGCAGGUGGAGUAUCUGUCAAAUCAACUACAGUGCACCUCCGAGGAAGCAAAGGCGCUGACAUUGAAGUUGCCUGCUCUUGAAAGCAAGAGCAUGAAAAAAAUGAAAGAGAUAAUUGACUUUCUGUAUGCAGAGGGAUUCAAGCCGUAUCAUAUUCGCCGGGUGCCGAAGAUCCUACUGCACAGCGUACAAACAACGAAGAAGCGCAUCCGAGAAUUGGAGCGACAAGGUGUGAAGAUGGAUAGUCUUUAUAUGCUUACAAAAAGCCAGCGCCAGUACAUGCAGUACUAUCAAGCACUCGUGAAAAGUAACGCGAAUAAAGUCAAGAAAGUUCAGGAUUCAAAUGUUGUGUUGAAGUAGAUGAAGAGGAUGGUUGCCGAUAGACGUGUUUGCAAGUCCUGCUGGUUUAAAUCAUGCGCCCAUUCAACUCGUCCCCAAUGACCCAACUAGAAAAUUUAUUUUAUACAUUAUUUUGUUUACAUCUUAAAAGGUAGGUGAUAUACAUACCUGAAAUUCUUCUUCAAGUCGCGAGAGCAAAACUGCUUUCUCAGUUGGAAUAAAGCGCUCCACUGCUGCGAGUGUUAAUAUUACCGAUUUUAAUGUAUCAACACCGUAAACAAAACCUAUAACAAAAAUUACACAUGUCAUCAAUUUAUUCUGAUUUAAAAAAUCACAGCAAUUUCUUUUACCAUUAAUGGCAGCAAAGUUAUGAGACAUCAAAUACCGCGAAAUUGAUGCUUUAGUUGCUUCCGGUACAACAGGCCCACCAAUAUCCCUGGAUUUCUGAAUAUCCACUUGGAAUUUGUCACAAAACCACUGAAUUAUUGGAUCCCACUCUUUCACUUGGAAUUUAUAUAGGUCAUCAUCUUCCUGCAAAAUUCAUGAGCAUUGUAAUUUCAAUCUAAAAUCAUUUAAUUUAAAUUUGUGAUUAACUUACUCCAGAUUGAAAUAGAACAGUGUCUGUGUCCAUAUAAUUAGUUAUAUAGUUUACCAAAUCUAACUUAUUAAAAUUAUUUGGAUUAUC